CUGGCGACGACUGGAUGAGGGAAAAAAGUUGAAGACUAGCACACAUCAGGAUCCAAGAAACAUGAAGAUUGAGGCUCUCCUGUGUUUUUGUUUCAUACAUGUCAGCAGCUCCUCUCACAGUUUCACAAAUGAAUCUGCGGAUGAUGUGUAUGAAUCCCUCUGGCAAAACAAUAAAGACAUCGCCAAUAAGACACUCAGGGUGGACUUCCUGAGACAAAUGGAGAAUGGCAGUCUGCAAGCAGAGCGAUACAUCAACUUCACCAUACAGGACAUCAACUACGUGCUGAAAGUGACUGAUAUGUUGAAGAUAAUGAGCAAAAGAGUUACCAAGCCUAAGGACCUCAAAGAUUUCAUGGCAGCCAGAUACUCAGGGUACAAAGAUUUUGCCAAUUUAAUGGUCAAUCAAUAUCUUUUUAAGGGUCCACCUGCCAUCCAGCAAACUCAAGCUAUGAGAAAGUAUCUGUUAUAUUACGGAUCAUUGAUGUUAGGAGAUCCGUUGUAUUUUGCUGUGGGUCUUCUUCCCUGUUCUAGACUCUGGGUGUGGCUGGCCAAUAAUCUAAACAUACCUCCAACCAAUGCAUACUACACCUGGAAAACAGACAACAUUAACGGCAACCCUGAGAAGCACUACAAAGCUUUGCUUAACAAGUAUCUCAACACAACUGACAAAGUGGCGAAGGCGAAUACUGUGUUCCGUAAUCAGAUGCAGAAUGAGCAUGAUUUCUUUUUCACUUCUUGAGUGGUUGACUGUGUUCAUACCAUAAGCAGUGAAAUAGGGCCGGUUUCAGAUGUCAGUGCAAGUUGUUUUCAGUUUGGACAGCUCUUACAUUAUAUUUAGUCUAUUUAGUCCAGGAGACUGAACCAAAAUUUUGUGAUAAACAUGAUUUUUUCGUGGAUGA